AAGGGGGCAGGCCUGCUGUCAAACAGUGUGAAAACAAAACAAACCAAAUCAUUUGCAAUAGCCCGGGAACGCGCUUUCGCUAUUGAUUAAAUACAUCGGGAAAAGUGAUUCAAAAUGGGUGGAGGCGAUCUGAACACGAAGAAAUCAUGGCACCCGAACACGAUGAAAAAUCAAGAACGCGUAUGGAAGGCGGAACAGCAAGAAGCAGCCGAAAAACGUCGCCUAACCGAAUUGCGUCGCGAAAUAGAUGAAGAACGGAAUCGGGAAGAGCUGAAAAGCAUCGGACAAAAAUCGGGCAUCCUUCCGAACGAUGACGGUGAUAAGAAGCUCGAAUGGAUGUACCGUGGUCCGUCACAGCUCGUCAACCGAGAGGAAUAUCUACUUGGACGCACCAUCGACAAAACGUUCGAAGAUCUGGAUGCACAAGAAAAAGCCUCCAACUCUACGUUUGGCGUUGCGCAACCGAAAAAUCACGUCGAGCAUGAGUGUAUACCGUUUUCCAUCCGGCAGCACAAGGAUGUACUCAGUAACGACCAGGUAGACCUUACCCGUAAGCUCAUGGAGGACCCUCUAAUGUUGAUUAAGCAGAAGGAGAUGGAAUCCCGGCAGAAGAUUCUUCAAAAUCCGGUCAAACUAAAAGAGCUGCACCGACUGCUCAAAGGUGACCAAAGCUUGAAAACUUCGGAAGAAAAGAAAGAUAGAAAAAAGGAUAAAAAGAGCAAGAAAAGCAAGAAAAGCCAAAAGAAGAAGAAAAAGAACAGAAGGCACAGCGAUAGUAGCGAAUCCGGAAGCGAUAGUGAUGGUAGCGCCGAUUUGGAUAAGCUGCUGGCGGAAAAGUAUAAGAAAGUGGCAGGAGAACACCAAGACGGUGUUAGCAUUGACAAACUGCUCAGCAUGAAGUAUGCAAAACUGUCCCAAGAGCUAGAUGUGAUGGGUAGCAGUGGUACAAAAAAGAAAAAGCAACGACGCGGUAAGAGUGAAAGUUCCGAUUCUUCAGAACCGCAAAGAAGAGAAUCGCGUAAGCAUGGCGACGAUAAUCGUCACGCAAAGCGGGAAGAUCGUGUUAAACGUACUAACCGUGAUGAGACAAGCAGAGAAAGGGGUAGAGAUACAAGAAACGACCGUUCGCGAGAAGUGAGGCAGCGAAGAAGAGAAUCUUCCGAAGAGAUAGAUCGAAGGCACGAUAGGAAUAGAAGUAAGGAAAGGUAUAGGAACAAAUCGCCAGCAGGUCGUUUGAGCAAACGAUCUCCUGAACGCAAAGGCCACCCAGCGAAAGACAAAUACAGCCGACGUCAUCGUUCCCGGUCGACAUCGGUGGAAAAGAAAAACACGAAGGAUGUAAAACGUCGAUCACGUUCCAGAUCAUCUGCAGCAGAAAGGAAAACGGAGAAAGACACUAAACGUCGAUCCCGUUCCCGAAGUCCACGUAGAAGAAGUAGUACUCCUCCAUCAAAGGCGAAGGCUUCAACAAAAUCGCGAAGAACACCUUCCAAUUCAUCAUCAUCUGGUUCGUAUUCUGACGCAGCGGAACAACCAUCUCAAUCACGACCGUUCGCUGAUGAUUCCGAUGAUGAAAGACGCAUCAAAAAGAGACGAAAUUUUGGUCUCGUAACAGCUUCCGGUGAGAAACUGGACACACCUUCAUCACGUCCGGAAGUACGUCUGUACAAUAGGGAAGAGAUAAAAGCUGAACAAUCGAAACAAAAACCAACCUGGACCAAACCAAAGGAAUCGAAACGUCCGCUCAGUGAAAGGGAGCUAGAAGAGAAGCGGCUAGCGAUGAUGAGCAAUGCACAGUGGCGCGAGAAGGAACGAGAGUCCAACGUGAAGCGCUACGAGUCGGAAGAUCAUCGCGAAGAGUCGGCGACGGCAGACCGGGAGUAUGAUAAGGAGUUCCUGACGAAGCAAUUCAAACGUGCGGCAGCGAGCGAAACGGUCGAAUCUCGCAUCCGAUCGAAUCGCAACAAUAUUCAACGGUCUAAUGGUGCAAUGGACAGAAAUUUUGUGAAGCGAUGAGUUGAAUGUUGCUAACGUUAAUAAACAAUUGCCAGAAGAAAUUUAAAAAAAAUGUCGAAUCUUAGACUAU